UUUAACUCAAAGUUUGCCCUCACUACCUUUCUCAACAUUUAACUCAUAUUUAUUGACAUAACCAUAAUUCCAUAAAUAUGUACGUUACUCCCUCUAUAUAAACCCAAGCAAUAUGAGCCACCAAAAACCCUUCAGGCUUUUCCUUCUUUUUUAUAGUCAGUUAUGGCAAUGCAUUUAGGCUCUUUGGUCUUAUCUCUGGUGCUACUCGUUGGCUUUGCAUUUACAAAUAACAAAGCUGCUAAUACAGAUGAUCUACCCAUUCAUUGUGACUCUCUCAAUAGGAGCAGUUUCGAUGCUCUCCAACCAGGGUUCAUAUUUGGCACAACCUCGGCAUCUUACCAGUACGAAGGUGCCGUAAAAGAAGGUGGUAGAGGACCAAGUAUAUGGGAUACCUUCACCCACAACCAUUCAGGUCAAAGGAUCAUGGAUGGCAAUAAUAGAGAUGUGACUGUUGAUCAAUUUCACCGCUAUAAGGAAGAUGUAGCGAUUAUGAAGAAUACGGGAUCGGAUGCUUCUAGGUUUUCUAUCUCAUGGUCCAAAUUAUUACCAAGUAGAAAGCUAAGUGGGCGUGUGAAUGACGAUGGAAUCAAAUAUUACAAAAAUCCCAUCAAUGAACUCCAACUUAACGAAAGAAUUAAGGAUGGUAGCAGUGGAGAUGUUGCUGUUGAUCAAUAUCACCGCUAUAAGGGAGAUGUGGCGAUAAUGAAGAAUAUGGGGGUGGAUGCUUAUAGGAUGUCUAUCUCAUGGUCGAGAUUGUUACCAAAUGGAACGCUAAGUGGGGGCGUGAAUAUGGAUGGGAUCAACCAUUACAACAAUUUCAUCAAUGAACUCAUACGUAACGGUCUAACACCAUUUGUAACAAUCUUCCAUUGGGAUCUUCCCCAAGCUUUGGAGGACGAAUAUGGUGGUUUCUUAAGCCCUAAAAUUGUCGAUCAUUUUAGAGCAUAUGCAAAACUUUGUUUUGAGAACUUUGGCGAUCGAGUAAAACACUGGAUCACGUUGAAUGAGCCAUACACCUUUAGUAUUCAUGGUUAUGCAUACGGAUCCCACGCACCGGGACGAUGCUCUGCUUGGCAAAAGCUAAACUGCACUGGUGGAGAUUCGGCCACUGAACCAUAUUUGGUGACACAUCACCAACUCCUUGCUCAUGCAGCCGCUGUAAAAUUGUAUAAAGAUAAAUAUCAGGCAUCUCAAAAUGGCUCAAUAGGAAUAACAUUGACGGCACGUUGGUUUGAGCCUACUUCGGAGGCAAUAACGGAUAUAAAUGCUGCAUUUCGAGCUUUGGAUUUUUUUAUUGGAUGGUUUAUGGACCCAUUGACAAACGGUGACUAUCCGCAUAGUAUGCGGUCAAAUGUCAGAGAACGAUUACCAAAAUUCACGAAAGAAGAAUCCAAGUUACUAAAAGGGUCAUUUGAUUUUAUUGGAAUAAAUUACUAUACUGCUAGAUAUGCAAGUAAUGAACAUGACAUUAUUUCUGCACAUGAAUGCUGCUUAACAGAUCCUCACGUUAAUAUUACAACUGAACUAAAUGGGGUCCCUAUUGGUCCACAGGCUGGUUCAAGUUGGUUAUAUGUUUAUCCAAAAGGAAUUCACGAUCUUCUACUCUAUAUAAAAGAAAAGUAUAAUAAUCCAAUCAUUUACAUUACCGAGAAUGGCGUUGAUGAGUUAAAUGAUCCCAAAUUACCACUUGAGCAAGCCCUUAAUGAUACCGGAAGAAUUGACUAUUACUACCGUCACCUUUGUUACCUUCACACAUCCAUGAGAAAAGGUGCUAAGGUGAAAGGAUAUUUCGCAUGGUCAUUACUAGACAACUUCGAAUGGGAUGAAGGAUACACUGUUCGAUUUGGUAUCACCUAUGUGGAUUACAAUGAUGAUUUAAAAAGGUACCCAAAACGCUCCGCGUAUUGGUUCAAAAAUUUUCUCAAGUAAUAUCUUUGAAAAAAGUACGACGGUGAUCUAAAUAUUUGUAGACAAUAAUGAUGGGAACCAAAAGUUCGAGUUUUUUAAAGUUUUCAGUUUUUUUUUUAGCUUAACUCUAUUUGAGUCGAAAUAAGUUGCAGCAACUUGUUAUGAGCUUGUUGUGUGAGUUUGUUGCUUCUCCUUGUUAGAGUUUCUUUAUGUUUUUUAUGACUCAAUAAAGGAGGGGUAUUUUGGCCCUUAGUGGUUAUGGUGGGGUGAAUACCUUUGCUGUGGUGGUCCAAGAAGGGUGCAAACACAAAAGAUGUUGGUGUGAGUUGGCGAUUUGUAUUGAUUGUAAUUUAUUUAUUUUUCUAUUUUUGAUUUCCUAUAUAGAAUUCACAGUAAUGGUCUUACUUGGCUUUUAAGGUUACUUGGCCUUCAAGGCAUGAUGCACUAUAUAUAUUUCCUUAUACAAGAAGAAGAAUACAUUCAGAAUUACCCAAGUGCUCUCUCUUUCUGAUAUUCUUUUCUUCUAAAGAUAUUGUUAUGUCCAAAGUAUUCAGAUUAGGGAGACCUUAAAGACAGAGACCAUUGGCGGAACCAUAUCUUGGCAU